GUAUAGGCUCAGUGCAGCUCCGACAUUCCCGGCGGGAGGGUGUGUCGCGUCUCAGACCAUUCCACCAGAGGUCUCUGUCUUUGGGCCUCCUGUUGUUUGACUUUAAUUUCUACUCCACUGACUGCCUCAAGUGCGACCGCGUGACCAGCUGAUGGUUUGCUGAGGAAGGGAAAGUUACAGCGCUCAUCAGCAUACAAAGAGGCUCGAGUGGCGUGUAUGGUUCUGAGGUAGGUCAGUUCAUCAAGGGCAACAGGUGGCCAGGGUCACGGCGCGGCCUGGUCUGCCCUGACCUCGGUCGACCUCACCUCACACAUCGCCACGAACUCCUUUAAUCAGUCGAGUCGGUGAUUAAAUCAAAUGUGAUGAUCUUAUUCAGCUGGAAUUCAAGACGUUAGACCCACACUAGCACAAUGAAUUGUUAACAAUCGCCACAUUCUGUAAUACAUAAAUGUAAUGAUAAUAUAUACUCAGUAACGGAGAAAAGCAAGAAAGGAACAUACGACCCAAGGAAGACUCGAGGAAGACUUGGGCGAGUUAGGACAUCAAGAAAUAAUGUCAUGCGAGUCACAAGCUAUUGAAAGGCAACACUAAAAGUCUGGAGCGCGUCGAGGGAGUCUGCCUUGCGCCUGGACACGCACACACACAGCACUGCGUCAGGAUGCAAGGAAGCCAUGUGGGCAGCACGGUGCGGUGAACAGCAGAGAAGUGGCGUCCGUCCCACCUUGCAUGAUGCUGAGCCAAUGUGCCACCUGAUGUACUGAGGCAUUGCCAGGCAUACCAGCACAAAGAGGGAGCUCAUCGACACGUGUCUUACCUAACAGUACCACGCAGCUCCAGUAACGAGACAAAAUAGCAUCCACGUAACCACUGACGGGACACCGGCCUGAUGAGAGGAAACGCGCACACUCACCAUCCCAGUCCAUCCACAAUGCCAAGGAACAAUCACUAGGAACUCAGAGACUCGAACAUAAUGGUUGAAGUCGUCAUUUCCUAACCUAAGUGUCGACGUUUACCCCAACACGUCCCUCAUCAAAACAACACCACGUCUCGCCUGAUUUCGAGUCUAAAGUAUAAUGUUACACGUGACGAAAUGACAAGUGAACGAGACACGGAAAAUGAGUGGGGGUUAUUAAGCAGGAGCCAGGUGUGAAGUGUGGCCAAAGAGCCUCGUCAGGUACUGCCAUGCCCCUGUGAGCCGUCACCAGGAACUGCGAGGCCACCAAGACGUGCACUACAGUAAGGGCCUGCAGCAGAAGUGUCACCAUGAGGAUCGCCCUUGUUCUCGUCCUGUCCUCGCUCCUCAAUAGGAUGGCCGUGGCAGUGACCAUCGUGAGACUCAGCGUGCCCCGCGCUGUGGAGGCCAACACGACCGCUGUGGUGCUCGACUGUGACUUCCAGGUGCACGAGUGGGAGCGACCCGGCCUCGUUCUUAAGUGGUACAUGAACAAGGUGCAUCUGGUAUACCAGUGGAUACCCCCGCGGGCGCCCCAGGCCUUGGGUGUGAUGGCUGGCCGCAUCGACACCACCUUCACCGUCUCGAGGGACCCCUGGGCAGCCUACCGAGCACUCUACAUUCCCCGCCCACACCCAAUGCUGUCAGGCCAGUACUCCUGCACCGUCAGCACCUUCGAGGACGAGGACACGGAGUCAGCACAUUUCCUUGUCUGGAAGGCUCCUCGGAGGGUGGAGCUAAAGUACUGGCGUCCCUCGGAACACCUCGUUAACAUCACCUGCCACACGUCCGGGGCGGCACCAAGACCCAAGUUUACUUUGUUUACUCAUGACCUCAACGGAACCAACAAACAGGACGUGGGCGUUCGGGGGCAAGAAGGGAUGAGCGUGGACGGCUUGUGGCAGGCGGGGGCGUGGGGACUCAUUGCGUGGGCUGAGACGCCGGCAGAGACGGUGGUGGGGUGUACGCUGACCCUGCCUGGCACCAAGCAGACCCACACCACCACGAGGGCUUAUUACCCAGACCUGCCCAUCCUCACCACCACCACCACCGAGGCGGCCACCGUGAGGAGCGACGCCCCCAACCAGUGGGCCAACGGAUCCCGCAACUCUCCGGGCGCCGCCACCAGCUUCUUCGAUUUUCCCAUCUUGUUCGACACAGCCAGCAGCGGGAGGAGCGAACUGCUGUCGUCCACCUGUUGCGGCAACUGGCCUAUGUACGCACACACGUGGUGGCGGCGGCGUGGGCGGUGCGGCGGUGGGUGGCGCUGGCGGUGCCUUGAACCACUGGUGCCGACUCGUGGGCGGAGAGGUCUGGUUGGCGUGGCCUGCUGGCGCCCCAAGUGAUCAUGUCUGAGAGAGGACGCACCUCCAGAACAUUGCUUUAUACUUUAGGUGUGAUAAACGUUCAUCUUUAGUGUAAGUGAGCUUUUCUAAGGCAUUCAUGGUGUCGUUGUGGCUUCGUCGAAAAUAAUACGGUGUAUAUUCUUCCUUCCCUUCACAAGUAAGAAAUUGUAGAGAGGAAAAGUUUGCGGUUCCAUCAGAAAUCUGUCAUACGAGUAUAUUUGUUUUGACAUUUUCGCGCACUACGCAGCAGCCUGGCGGGCACGCGUUCCCCUGCCCAAGGACAGAGAGAGCUGCCCGGCGGUGUCCUCACCAAAGGGCAGCCGUAAGGCAUCCUGUUACACUGAUUACGUUGUGAAAGCUAUGCGACUGUGAAGUGAACUUUGAUACAUUCAUUUCUUGGUUCUCUUGUGUCAGAUUUUUUUUUUUUUAUCGAGUGUGUGGUCAGUACUUCAAAAAGAGUAUUAACUUGUAUAGCUAGAGUAACAUCACGGGUUCCCUAUGUGUGUGUGCAUACUGUGCCCAGCAUUGGUUUUGAGGCAGGGUGGCGUCAUGAUCGUGUUCACUUACUUGAAUUUAUAUUCUAGGAGGAUGCAAAUGUAAUUAGUGUGCGUACGAUCUUUGAUUGUAACAGUGUUUUGCGCAUCAGUGUAAAUGUAUAUUUGUGGGGAAAAUUUACUCUUCCAAGAGGAGGAUCAAGUGGUGUGGUAGCCACUUUCUUCUCUUCUAUCAACAAGUGAAGGGCGCGUACCUCUGAGAGAUGAGCGGAAGCAGCGCCAUAUAGUCCCCUCUCCGCUAAGGGACGCGUCACCUCCACGUCAUGGCAGGGCUGCAGUUCCUUGGUCUGAAGAGGAUCAUGUGAUAACGUUCUUCAUUCAGUGUGUCUUUCUCUGGUUCCUGUUGCCAACAAAACCAAGACUUUUUGAACGUUCACUGUACCUGUGUGCCGCAUCCUCGUAACCAUAUGCAUGCUUUGACAAAACGUUUACAAACAGGGUAUAUUCCUUGCUCUCAAUUGACUAUUUCAUUACAAAACACGUUUGUAGCCACUAGAAUAAAGACUGUCAGACACACUUCUGCUCCUGU